CGGACCGCCCCGCCUAGCUUCCUCUGGGUCCUUGGCAAACGGCGACGCCGGCGGAGCCGCGCUGGUGCUAGGGCCCGGGUACCGGCAACCCUCGUAGGAGGCGAGCCAGGGAAGCGGUGAUCACUGCUAGGCGUGGUGGGGCCCCGGGAAGUGUUGGGACUUUUUGACGCGGCGGAGGGGUCAGGCGGCGUUCGAAGUGCCGCCAUCUUUGGUCCAGUGCGGCGGCGGCGGCGGCGGCGGCUGCUGUGGUGAAACAGGAGGAGGAGCCGGGCGGGCGCUGGUACCAAGGCCUGACCAUGGACGAGGAAUACGAUGUGAUCGUGCUGGGAACCGGCCUCACCGAGUGCAUCCUGUCUGGUAUCAUGUCUGUGAACGGGAAGAAGGUGCUGCACAUGGACCGGAACCCCUACUAUGGGGGCGAGAGCUCCUCCAUCACUCCCCUGGAAGAGUUAUAUAAGCGUUUUCAGCUGCUGGAGGGGCCCCCUGAGUCGAUGGGCCGGGGCCGAGACUGGAACGUUGACCUGAUCCCCAAAUUCCUCAUGGCCAAUGGGCAGCUGGUAAAGAUGCUACUGUACACGGAGGUGACUCGCUACCUGGACUUCAAGGUGGUGGAGGGCAGCUUUGUCUACAAAGGCGGCAAGAUCUACAAAGUGCCAUCCACUGAGACCGAGGCCUUGGCUUCCAAUCUGAUGGGCAUGUUUGAGAAACGGCGCUUCCGCAAGUUCCUGGUGUUUGUGGCAAACUUUGAUGAGAAUGACCCCAAGACCUUUGAGGGCGUCGAUCCCCAGACUACCAGCAUGCGUGACGUAUACCGGAAGUUUGACCUGGGCCAGGAUGUCAUUGAUUUCACUGGCCACGCGCUGGCACUCUACCGCACUGAUGACUACCUGGACCAGCCCUGUCUGGAGACCAUUAACCGUAUCAAGUUGUACAGUGAGUCCCUGGCCCGGUAUGGCAAGAGCCCAUACUUAUACCCACUCUACGGCCUGGGUGAGCUGCCCCAGGGCUUUGCAAGAUUGAGCGCCAUCUACGGGGGCACAUACAUGCUGAACAAACCUGUGGACGAGAUCAUCAUGGAGAACGGCAAGGUUGUGGGCGUGAAGUCUGAGGGAGAGGUGGCCCGCUGCAAGCAGCUGAUCUGUGACCCUAGCUACAUCCCAGACCGCGUCCGGAAGGCUGGCCAGGUUAUCCGCAUCAUCUGUAUCCUCAGCCACCCCAUCAAGAACACCAACGACGCCAACUCCUGCCAAAUCAUCAUCCCCCAGAACCAGGUCAACAGGAAGUCAGACAUCUAUGUGUGCAUGAUCUCCUACGCACACAACGUGGCUGCGCAGGGCAAGUACAUCGCCAUUGCCAGCACCACAGUGGAGACUUCGGAGCCUGAAAAGGAGGUUGAGCCAGCUCUGGAGCUGCUGGAGCCUAUUGACCAGAAGUUUGUGGCUAUCAGUGACUUGUACGAGCCCAUUGAUGAUGGUUCUGAGAGCCAGGUAUUCUGUUCCUGCUCCUACGAUGCCACCACACACUUUGAGACAACCUGCAAUGACAUCAAAGACAUCUACAAGCGCAUGGCUGGCUCAGCCUUUGACUUUGAGAACAUGAAGCGCAAACAGAACGACGUCUUUGGAGAAGCUGACCAGUGAUUGCUGACCCCUGCUAGCCCCCGCUGCCGCCCCCUCCUGCGUCCUGCAGGGCUGGGGAGAUGGUGCGGACAGGCACCCCUGUUUCCAGCAUUCUCUGCUUCCCCCACCACAUUCCUACUACCCACCUCAUUGAUUCACUGACCAAAUCCUUAACCUUAGCGAUGGUUUGGGAGAUGGGGGGUUGGAUAGCAUCUCUUCCUUGGCCCUUCCUUAUCCUAGGAAAAGACGGUUCCUUUCUUUGUGCGUGUCUCUUCCCCUCGCCCCUAAUUCUUCUGCUCUGUCUGGGAAGAACAUGGAGGAAAAGCUGGCUUCUGCCCCCACCGCUCUUGCUCCUAACUGUAGUGGCCUUUGGAGAUGCCCCCUGCCUCCCCCCACCAACUCUCUCGUGUGUUGGAAAGAAGGGGCCCUCCCAGCACAAAAUUGCAUUCCUUUUCCCCGUAAUUUAUUCUAAUUUAUUAACUUCAGCCCAUCCCACCUGAGCCUGCAUCUUCCUAGUGCAACCUGGGGGUUGUCCAGUGAACUGUCCAAGCCCCUCCCAGCCUGUCCCAGCCCCUCCCAGUCCUGGCAUAGCCUGGGGAGCCGGGAAGGCUUAGGUGUGGCCCUGGUGGAGUUUGAUCUUCUGUUUUGGUUUCUUGUCUUUGUGUUUGCAUUCUCCGGUACUUGAAAGAGAGAAGAAAUGUGAGCAAAGCAGGAGGUGGGAAAAUGGAUCCCGACCCCAUGUGCCCUGCCCCACCCCUUUCCUUUAGUGGUGGGAAACCCUUACUUACCUUGCGAAGUGAAUGUGUCCCCUUCCCCAACCUCUAGUGUAUUUCACGGAAAACAAAGCCUCCCAAUAAAACCGUGUUGAAACCUG